GAUAGCAGCAGGGCGAGCAGCGCAUUGAUAUGCCGGAUCUGCAGGCUGUUGUGUAACAAGGAGCUGUGAGGAGAAUUAAACAGGAUCGUAUUUCUCCUCUGUGAAUUUAAGAGCAAGACCACUUCAAAGCCUCCACUGGCUUGGUCCUCGUCUGUACUGGAGUCCUUUGUGAAUCAGAAUUUAAUGAAUGACAACCAUAGACUUCAGAAGAGUGAUUUAUGGAUUUUUUUAUGGAUCUGCUUGACAAGAUCUCAUGGGAGGCUGCCUUGGAGAGCAGAGAGCAAGUACUCUGGUGUACUGCAAGCAAAGCCGAAUGUGACAGAAUGCUGUGAUGUGUGGAAUCACACUCUGUAACCCAUGUAAGGUUAUAAAGCAGGUCAGCAGUGUCUUGGACUGCAUUAGGAAGGAUAUGGCUACAGCUGCAGAGCUUUGUUUAGUUUUGUGUUCCAUUGUGCAAAGAAGUGUAUUGAAUACAAGAGUGAGUCCAAGGAUGAGCUUCAAAGAUGGCCGUGGUAAAGAUUAACAAAAUGUUUGGGACUGUGGUGGUUGGAGUUGGAAUUGCUGGCUUAGCACGGAUUCGAGAUUUGAUGAAUCCAAUGCCUUCUAGCCCUUCAGAGCAUCUGAAGCUCCUUGGAUUUGUAUCCAGGAGAAGUUUUGGCAAUAUUGAUGAGGCUGAGCAGAUUAGCCUGGAAGAUGCUCUAAGAAGCAAAGAGAUUCAUGCAGCCUUUAUCAGCACAGAGAACAGAAGCCAUGAAGAAACCAUCAGAAUGUUUUUAGAAGCUGGGAAACAUGUCCUUGUUGAGUACCCCAUGGCUUUGUCUGCUGAGGCAGCCCAUGAGCUCUGGGAGACGGCUGAGCAAAAAGGUAAAGUCCUCCAUGUGGAGCAUAUUGAACUUCUGACUGAAGAAUACAAGCAGCUGAAAAAGGAGGUGGCUGGGAAAGACCUAGUGAAGGGAACAUUACAUUUUACAGGCAGUGUCCUUGAUGAAACAAAAGCAGGGUUUCCAGCUUUCAGUGGAAUUGCCCGACUGACUUGGCUGAUUGACCUCUUUGGAGACCUCACCAUUACCUCUGCCAGCAGAGAAGAGCAGAAGGAUAAGAAUUAUUCUAGAAUGACCGUUCAUUUUCAGACUGCAAACAAGAAGCCUCUCACUUGGAUCGAAGAACGAGGACCGGGGAUGAGACGUGAAAAGAAAAUCAAUUUCUGUUUCACCAGUGGUUGUCUGGAGAACUUCCCUCAAGCCCCAAGGCCUGCUGUGGGCCUUUUCAUGCAGGAUCAGAACCUCUUCGCCAAAAAACUGUUGGGACAGGUAUCCAAGGAGGAGCUGGCUGCUGAGAAAUGGCGAAUUUUGCGGUGUCUUGACCUUGCUGGGAUGAUUCAACAGCAGUGUGAACAGCCAGAGAAAAUCUGUUCUUGAGUUUGCUCUUCCAAGAGGAUCAUGGCAGACAGAAAAGCUGUAGGUCUAGAGUUCAGUGUUGCCAUCAGGUAAUUGCUGUUUCUGCCUUAUUACAUUCUCCUUGACUGAACGUGAAUCCUAGGUUCUCUGUGUGGACUGGAGAGCCUGGGCUAUGCCCCAUGCCUUCUGGUGUACGCUGGAACACAAAGCAACGUGUUACCCUGCUCCAAUGCAUUGCUGUCCUUUCAGCCAGACAGGAACCUAGCAGCAACAAGGUUUCUCAUGGUUGCUUCCAAGCAGUUUAGUUGGUAAUGUCCCUGAGGUCAGAUCAUGGAGGAUUGCAAAUUUGUAACAUGAUUUUUCUUCUUGAGUAUUCUUUCUCCUCUAUUUAGAUAUAUGUGAAAAUGAGACAUAUAGGAUUAUCUAGAACAAAGCUCUAAAUGAAUUUUCAACCUCUCUGCUUGAUCUGCAAAAGUUGUACCACCUCAGUCCCAACCUUUUUUUUCGGGGUACUCUGAAUUUGUUUGUGUGUUUGCUCUGAUUAGAAGUUGUGCCUGUUUUGUUUUGUGUUUCACACUGGAAAUCAUCUUCCUUCAACCAGAAUCUAUAAUGGUAUCAAACCAGAAUAGAAAUAUCUUGUUUCUGACAGAUGCCAUGUUGAACUCAUUCUAUUUCUCUGGUGUCCUGUGCCAACAGGGAAAUGUUUUUCCAGCAGAGAUUAAAACAAUACAUUAAUACAUCACCUGAUUUUUUUUUUUUUUUGCAUUGGAUGCAUCGUGUUAUUGUCCUUCAUUUGUGUUCUGUAUUCUGAUUCAGAAUGUGAAUGAUUCUCACCUAAAAAUAAUAUGUGUCCUGAUAUUAAGAAAACACUAACUAGUGUUCUCCUGGAAAGAGUAAAGUUCAUCAGAAAUAGUGAUAAAGGUAGAAUAGAACUGUAGAAAAUGGAGCAAUUUGCAAAUAUAGCCAUGCCAUUACCAAGUAUCACACCUGUGAGGAUGGGUGUUUAGCAUUUUACAGCAGUCCCAGGGUCACAUAUGAAGACAUUAUCACUUCCAUAAAGAAUCAUUUUAUUUGAGAAGAAGCCUGAAUGGCACACAAAACUAUUAACAAUUUCUCUCUUUGACUUUUAUUUUCUAAUUACAGCAUUUGCCCAUGCUGUCUUAAUAUAGUAGCAAACUUCAGUCUGCACUGUUGUUCUCUCAAAUGCAGAACCAUCAUCUCUUUACUGUGUUAUCACUUUGGCAAUUUUGAAUAAGGACUUUAUAUAUUAUGAAUGUGCAUAUUACUAUGACCACACAAUAACGAUGGAAAAAGGUUUUCGAUUAAGUCAAUCAUGUUUAUUCUGAAGUACAUACAGUUCAGUUAGAGUUUGAAUCAGAAAAGGAAGGAAAGACUGCAUUUUUUUCCCAAAUAAUUCAGAUUUUAGGAGCAACUAGGACUUGAUAUGUGAAUGAAUUCUCCAUACAAAAUAUGUUUAAAUCUAUUAUACCAGUUAUAAUAAGUGAAAAGUAUUUCAAGUGUUUGAAAUCCAUGUCACUAUCAGAUCUAUGCAGGCAGAUCGUAUGCCUGUCCACCCAAACAGAUCCCUUACUGAGAGUUCUCAGGGACUUAUUUAUGAAUGUAGUGGACUUUGCUUGGGUGGACCUGAUGCUGAGUGAGUGGGAAGGAUUUUAUCCCGACUGGAUUCAUAGCAAAACACAUGAAGUCCAUCCUGGAUCAAAAUGAAAUUAAAAUCUGCUGUGUAUGAGUAUCUACUGUGUAUGACAGCACACACAAUUUCCUGUUUACUGUCGAACUCCUCAUCUGUGAGUCUGGGGUGAAUACCACUUGCUAACUGACAGUGGGUAGUCGCAGAGGGACCACAAAGGGAAGGGAGAUUUCACGCUCCCCAGAAGCAUCUAAAUUAACCACUAAAUCUCCCUGGGGCUGCUCUGUAGUUACUCAUGAAAGCUGAAGUUAGCUGUAUUCCUCUAAGGAACAGAAAACAAGCUCAUGGGAGCUCUGUAAAGCAGCAGUAUAGCCAUUCAGUGAAUCACCCUGGGGAAGCCUGUUUCUGUAGCAAGCACCUGGGGAAAUUAGCUGGUUAUUUUGAGCUGGUGGAAACAGAUUCUGGGUAUCCUGCACCGUCCUCCAUCCCCACUAUUCCUCCCAGCAAACCUGCUGCACUUCAAAGCCUGGAGCAUUCAAACUGCUUUCUUUGACACUGUGAAUUUGCUAAUGUACUGCCAUGGUUUGUAUACAAGAGCUACUGGGUAUCAAGCUUGAAAUGUAUGUAUUGCUUAACCAGACGUCAAACUCACCAAUAAAAGAACUGGAGUUCUUAA